AUGGAGUCUGAAGGAUUGGUCUCAGAAGCAAGUUGGAACUCAUUCGAUGUAGCAAUGUCGGCCAAGGAGUCUGAUAUGAUUGCACACCUCCUAGGUGGUCACCAAUUCCUGAAUGAGCUUGAUCAAGACCGGAGAAUUGAAAUGCCACCAAUCUUUUGGCCAGACCAUGGUGCUGAUCUUUAUCAUUGUUUGGAUGAAAUGAAUCACAAUUCAUACUGUUUUUCUCCAGUGACAAGUAGCACUAGUACUAGUAGUUUCUCUCUUCCCCUUGCUAACAAUGGAGGCUACUACUCUAGUGAUUCUAAUGCUGUUCUAGAGAUCAGCACUAGUCCUACCACAAAGGAUUUUAGCACUGGGAAAGAGCAAAUUAUUGCUCAAUCCCUUCCAGCUGUUUCCUGUCAUCAAUUCAAUGAACCAAUUUGUGUGACCAUGAAGAUAAGCAGCGAUGAAUUCAGAGUCUCAAAGGAGAAGACAUUGGUGCCUGCUCUUCCUUCUCAUCAGAACUCACAAGCCAUUAAGAAAAGGAUCCAUGUGAGUGAUGCUGAGCAGCCCACUACAAAUGAAAAAGAUGGCAUCUCGAUUGGAAGUCCUAAGAAAAAGGCCCGGGCGUCGGCACCGGAGAUGAACGGAGGAGGUGGUGCAAGCUCUAGAUCAGCUCCAAGUCCAAGUGAAAAAACAAGCCAAAGCCUCUAUGAAAGGAAAAGGAGGGAGAGAAUCAAUAAGAGACUAAGGAUUCUGCAGUACUUGGUUCCCAAUGGGACCAAAGCAGACAUCAGCACAAUGCUAGAAGAAGCAGUUCAAUAUGUGAAGUUUCUCCAACUCCAAAUUAAGCUUUUGAGCUCGCACGAGCUGUGGAUGUAUGCUCCCACCGCUUACAAUGGGAUUAACAUUGGACUUUGA